AUGUCAUCUUCCUCUUCAUCGGGUUUGACGGAUACCAUGGAAGCCGUAAAAUAUUUUAUAAACAAGGUGGUAGAGUCGACACAACUAAUUCUGGAAGAAGAAGAAAACGAGGAGGUUUCGUCACAACCACGAAACAGGAACCCACACAUCGAGCGAGACCGAGAAAGAGCUAACCAAAGAUUAGUCGACGAUUACUUUGCCGACGCACCGUUGUACUCGGAAGCUAUUUUUAGAUGCUGUUUCAGAAUGAGUCGUCGACUUUUCUUACGUAUAGCCGACGAUUUAGCCGCUUAUGACCCGUUUUUUACCUUGCGACCCGAUGCUAGAGGCAAAAUGGGCUUCACCACCUUACAGAAACGCACUGCGGCGAUUCGUCAACUAGCUUAUGGGAUGGCAGCCGAUGCUUGGGACGAAUACUUAAAGAUGUCCGAAAGAAGUGCUAGAUAA